GGAGGCGUGUCAUGUCAUAUUCCCUGAAUUAGCCCAAAAAACGAUCGUUUCUUACAAAAAAAAUUCUUCGGAGGACAAAGGCGUUACUUGUAAUUCAUAGGUGCCACAACAUUAAUAACGCGCUACAGCCACUCAAUGUCGAAAUCAACUCGCAAACUCCCUUAAUUUAUAUACAAAAAAGAUAAACUAUAUAGUUCACCAAAAUCUUCAUCAAUUCCUUCAGCUCAAACUGAAACGAUUUCCAAGCAGUCGGGCCUGCGCUGCGCCGAAAUCCCAUGUCAACUUCUUGCGCCACUUUGCCCAGUUCUGUGAAAUUGGGGUUGCUGGGAAGAAAGAGUUUUCCAAGACUUGAUCGUCAGAGAAGCAGGUGUGGGUUGAGUAGGAGAGGUUUUGUGUUUAAAGGAAUUGUUGCUGCUGGAGCUUCAGUAAUGGCUACAACUGCUGCUGCAGAGCCCACAAAACUCAAAGGUUUGGAGGAAUUGCCAUUUAAACCGGAGGGAUAUAAUUACUGGACGUGGCGAGAUAGGAAAAUACAUUAUGUAGUGGAAGGAGAGGGGCUGCCCAUUGUUCUCAUUCAUGGGUUUGGGGCUUCUGCAUUUCAUUGGAGGUACAACAUACCUGAAUUGGCUAAAAAUUAUAAGGUCUAUGCACUAGAUUUGCUAGGAUUUGGCUGGAGCGAGAAGGCGCUUAUUGAGUAUGAUGCUCUGGUGUGGAGAGAUCAAGUCGUGGAUUUUGUGAAGGAGAUAGUUAAAGAGCCUGCAGUUUUAGUUGGAAACAGUCUAGGAGGAUUCACUGCUUUAGUUGCAGCAGCAUCACUGCAGGAUCAAGUUAAGGGCGUUGUAUUACUGAACUCAGCAGGACAAUUUGGAGAUGCUAGUUCUCCAGCAACAGAGACUGAAGAAAAUGCCGUGCAAAAAUUUGUUUUGAAGCCACUGAAGGAUGUUUUUCAGCGUGUUGUUCUUGGAUUUUUGUUUUGGCAAGCCAAGCAACCAGCACGCGUUGAGUCUGUCUUGAAAAGUGUCUAUGUCAACUCUACAAAUGUUGAUGACUAUCUAAUCAAUUCAAUAACAAGGCCUGCUGAUGAUCCAAAUGCUGGCGAAGUUUACUACAGACUAAUGACAAGAUUCAUGUCGAACCAAAGAAAGUAUACGCUUGACAGCGUGUUGAGCCAACUGUCAUGCCCGUUGCUCUUGGUGUGGGGGGACUUAGAUCCUUGGGUUGGCCCUGCGAAAGCUCUCCGGAUCAAAGAGUUUUAUCCAGGUACUUCCCUCGUAAACUUACAGGCGGGGCACUGCCCACACGAUGAGGUUCCGGAGCUUGUCAAUAAGGCCCUAUUGGAGUGGCUCCCGACUAUACCGUCUCCUCAAGCUCCAUGAACAUCGUUCUGUUCCACAGUUUUGAGGCAUGUACAUCUGUUGGAAAGCUCAAAUGAUUGAUAUAUUUGGUAUUGGUAUAUAAUUGAAAAUUGAAUUUCCAUAGAGAUAUCAGUUGCAUUGUUCUUCCACUUGAAUUCUAACCAACAAUGGUUGUUAUGUUUCUGCUUUUAAUUUCAUUCUUCUGCUGAUUUUUUGUUCAA